GAGCCCAAGCAGCCCCAGUUGCCCCAGCGGCCUAGCUACCCGCCCCAGCGGCCUGAGCCAGAGGAGCCCAAGCAGCCCCAGUUGCCCCAGCGGCCUAGCUACCCGCCCCAGCGGCCUGAGCCAGAGGAGCCCAAGCAGCCCCAGUUGCCCCAGCGGCCCAGCUACCCGCCCAACCAGUUUCAGCCCCAGGUGCUCCAGCGGCCCAGCUACCCGCCCAAGCAGCCUCAGGUGCCCCAACGGCCCAGCUACCCGCCCAAGCAGCCCAGCUACCCGCCCAACCAGUUUCAGCCUCAGGUGCUCCAGCUGCCCAGCUACCCGCCCAAGCAGCCUCAGGUGCCCCAGCAGCCUAGCUACCCGCCCAACCAGUUUCAGCCUCAGGUGCCCCAACGGCCCAGCUACCCGCCCAAGCAGCCCAGCUACCUGCCCAACCAGUUUCAGCCUCAGGUGCUCCAGCUGCCCAGCUACCCGCCCAAGCAGCCUCAGGUGCCCCAGCAGCCUAGCUACCCGCCCAAGCAGCCCAGCUACCCGCCCAACCAGUUUCAGCCUCAGGUGCUCCAGCUGCCCAGCUACCCGCCCAAGCAGCCUCAGGUGCCCCAGCAGCCCAGCUACCCGCCCAAGCAGCCCAGCUACCCGCCCAACCAGUUUCAGCCCCAGGUGCUCCAGCUGCCCAGCUACCCGCCCAACCAGUUUCAGCCCCAGGUGCUCCAGCUGCCCAGCUACCCGCCCAACCAGUUUCAGCCCCAGGUGCCCCAGCAGCCC